AUGAAUCACUACUACUCUCUACUUUUUGGAAUUAUAUUCCUCGUUUUCAGUCAGGUUAAGUGCACCGGAUAUCUCGAGGUGUCUUUCAAAAGUGACUUCAAUCUGAAAUCUGUGUUAAAUGUCUCAAGUCUCAAUACUAAUAGCUCCAACUCCCGUCUCGUUCCAUUCCUGGUGUCCCCUAAUAAGACAGAAAAACUUGCAAAAAUUCCAAUUGAUUUCAAUGAAACCGUCAUUAUAACUGUUUUUGUGAUCAAUCAGGAUCGAUUGGAUAUCGAUAACGCCACCAUCACCGCAACUUUUACACCGAGACGUGGCAUCCUUUCCCCAUUAACUGUGAUGUAUCCUUUCACUGGUAUCAAAAUCAAUAUUGAAUGUGACACGCAGUACUACGGUGACCAAUGCAAUGUGUUCUGCUGUUCCGAGACAGCGAGUCGAGUCGGGAAAGAGUGUAAUUCCCUGGGACAACUAGGCUGUCCAGUUGGUAAAAAAGGGUUGGAUUGCAAACAAUCAAUCAGUAAAAAGUGGUGCAAAUGCAAGAACAAAGGGUCGUGUAUCUCAUCAUUCGGGAAGAACCUCCACGAGAGAAUUCAGUGCUCGUGUCCAGUCGGAUUUACGGGAAUCCAAUGCGAGAAGGAGGUGCCUAGUGUCGAAAUGAUGUCGGUGUAUGGAGUGGAUCCGAAGAAGUUUGAGAUUGGAACUGCGAAGAUGUUGUAUGAAAGUGUGGUGGAUAAUGAGAUGGUUGAGGUUACGCGACCACAUUCCAGUCAUUUGUUGCAUAAUUUGAAGAUUAAUGAUGCUUAA